GCCACUGCUUUCCAGAUUUCUCACAGGGCCCUGCUAAUUCCAUGCCAAAACUGGCAGUGGAUUUCUUCCUUCUAAUCUCCCCUAAUGCCUUAUUCGAUCAUUGUCACUGCUCUCCGACCAUGCACUGUCCCUUCAGACUCUCAUUUCCCAACUGAGUGAGUCAGAGGAGCCCGGGUGUCUGCAGGACUUAAUCUAAGACCACGAACCACCUUGUUCCAAGUGAGAAGAAGGAAACAAGAAAGGAAGGAGAACCCUGCAAAUUUUCUGGCAACCUCUUUAUCUAUUGGAUUACUGACUUGAGGCAAACAAGGAACAGAGAUAUGAAGGGUUUGAAAGAUUUCUCCAGUUGAUUGGCAAAGGAGAGCAGGCUAGUGGGGAGGAGGACAGUAGGAGGAGGGUGAAUUGUGCAUUUCAGUGCGCUGUAGGAUGGCGUCGCCUCUGCCCUGGCUGUGCAUUGUUCUGUGGCUAGAAAAUGCCCAAGGGAAACUCGAAGAUGAAGGCAACCUCUACUCAGAAAACAUCAGUCGGAUCCUGGACAACUUGCUUGAAGGCUAUGACAAUCGGCUGCGACCGGGAUUUGGAGGUGCUGUCACUGAAGUCAAAACAGAUAUUUAUGUGACCAGUUUUGGGCCCGUGUCAGAUGUGGAGAUGGAGUAUACGAUGGAUGUUUUUUUCCGCCAGACUUGGACUGAUGAGAGGUUGAAGUUUGGGGGGCCAACUGAGAUUCUGAGUUUGAAUAACUUGAUGGUCAGUAAAAUCUGGACACCUGACACUUUUUUCAGAAAUGGUAAAAAGUCAAUUGCUCACAACAUGACAACUCCUAACAAACUCUUCAGAAUAAUGCAGAAUGGAACCAUUUUAUACACCAUGAGGCUUACCAUCAAUGCUGACUGUCCCAUGAGGCUGGUUAACUUUCCCAUGGAUGGGCAUGCUUGUCCACUCAAGUUUGGGAGCUAUGCUUAUCCCAAAAGUGAAAUCAUAUAUACAUGGAAAAAAGGACCACUUUAUUCAGUAGAAGUCCCAGAAGAAUCUUCAAGCCUUCUCCAGUAUGAUCUGAUUGGACAGACAGUAUCUAGUGAGACAAUUAAAUCUAACACAGGUGAAUACGUUAUAAUGACAGUUUAUUUCCACUUGCAAAGGAAGAUGGGCUACUUCAUGAUACAGAUAUACACUCCUUGCAUUAUGACGGUCAUUCUUUCCCAGGUGUCUUUCUGGAUUAAUAAGGAGUCCGUCCCAGCAAGAACUGUUUUUGGGAUUACCACUGUUUUAACUAUGACCACUUUGAGCAUUAGUGCCCGGCACUCUUUGCCAAAAGUGUCAUAUGCCACUGCCAUGGAUUGGUUCAUAGCUGUUUGCUUUGCUUUCGUCUUCUCUGCUCUUAUCGAGUUCGCAGCUGUCAACUACUUCACCAAUCUUCAGACACAGAAGGCCAAAAGGAAGGCACAGAUUGCGUCCCCACCCCCAGUGACAAUAUCUAAAGCUACUGAACCUUUGGAAGCUGAAGUUGUUCUGCAUCCUGAUUCCAAAUAUCAUCUGAAGAAAAGAAUCACUUCUCUGUCCUUGCCAAUAGUGUCAUCUCCUGAGGCCAAUAAAGUUCUCACUAGAGCGCCCAUCCUACAAUCUACACCUGUCACGCCUCCACCACUCUCGCCAGCCUUUGGAGGCACCAGUAAAAUAGACCAGUAUUCUCGAAUUCUCUUCCCAGUUGCAUUUGCAGGAUUCAACCUUGUGUACUGGAUAGUUUAUCUUUCCAAAGAUACAAUGGAAGUGAGCAGCAGUGUUGAAUAGCUUGCAUCCAGGACAACCUGUAUUCUAUAAGUUCUUGUUUCCUGUUUCCUGUGUGUUGCUUUUUAAAAUAGCAUUGAGACUUGUGUAGAUGCUUCUCAGAACAUGAGAUUAAAUUGGAAAUCUGUUACGCAGCUUCAGUAAACAUGUGUGCGCAAAAAAGCAAUAAUGCUACUCCUCAAAAUAGAAAGUUGAAGAUUGUUGAAAAAUAUGACUUUUCUGUAUGUUAGAGAAAAACUUUAUGAGGAUAAAAUGGGUUCAAGAUGAAUUUGUCAACCUUUGUUCUUCAUCGUUCAAUAUUUUUAAUUGUCACUGUGAAUAACAUUUACCAUAAGGCAGAUAAAAUAAGAAAUGCUGACACUUCCAAAGGUUGCCUUAAAAUAUGUUUGGUUUGGCUUAGUUCCCAAGAGAGCAAAAUAUAAAUACAGUCUACAUAUUUAUCAGUAGGUUAAUACCAGCAUGUUGGAGACCUUUAUGCUAGUAAAAUGGCUUUCAGUGGCAUUGUAAAGCCUACAUUGAGCUUAGCCAUUUGUUUUUAACCUCGCUGUGCUCUUUUACCUCAAUAAAUGUGGUGUUUGUAUACAUAUAAAUUAUACAUAGCUCAUAAAUUAUGUACACGUAUGUACAUAGCUGUAGUUGAACUAAAAUUUAGUGUGUUUCAUCCUACUAAAUUCUCCUUUUAAAAUAAUACAUUUAUCAUAUUCUAUGAGGUUGUAGAAAAGAGUAGUCAUUAUAAGGAAGCCUUGUAUAUUAUGACUAAGGUUAUCCCUUGUGUUUUCCACAUUUCUAAUUAUGACACUAAAUAAAACAACAGUAAACAUG